CAGCAGGUGGUGUUGCUCCAGGAACUAGAAGAGCAGAAGGCCAAAUUAGAGCAGAUGCUGAUUGAGGCCCAGCAGGAGAGAGAACAUCUGAAGGCUGCAGUGACCCAGGAAGUACCUAUUAACCAAACGGAGGUAACUGUCCAUGACCGGGAAGUCACCGCUGUUCCCCCUGGUCUAGCCACUGAGCUGUUGCCUCCUGCAGGUAAAGAUGAACAUACCAGAAGGAUUAAAGAAUACCAACAGCGGCUGCUGGAACAAAACAGAAUUCACCAGAGGUCAGUAGAAGUUGCUCGCCAACGCCUGGAAGAAUACCAGCGAGCUCUACAAAUUCGUUACAACAUCACCGCCACAUCGUUACUGCCCACUGUCGUGCCUCCAGGCCUCAUUCACCCGUCUCUGCAAAGUGCUCAGUCUGCGCAUCUUCCAACUCCUCUGCAACUCCAUACAAGUCGUGCAGUGCCGGCAUUCACCCAUGCCAAACCAAAAACCUCUGUGGAAGUUCCCACAAGAGAGUCUGACAUGUUGUCCUCACUUCCCAGUCUUGCUGGCUCCAGUUUGAUUGUUGGCUUCAAUUUGCCGCCGGAUGAAGUACAAUCUAUUUCGAACAGUUCCAGGGAGCAGAGACCAGCUGCCACCACCUGGUUGACUGACAAAAUAAUGGAGAGAGUAACAGAGCACCUUCCAGAGAGAGCGAGACUCACUUCGGUCAAUACACAGCGACUGCCUUACAAACACUUUACAACACAUCACUCAACCAGCAUCCCUCUCCAGCCAACCUCCAAUUCUAUCCAAGCCGUUAGCCCGAGCAUCAAACAUGAUGCACCUCUGGUUCCACAACAUGCACCUGUUAAGCCUGGGACCUUGCUGCACGGCUCCCUGCAAACUGGAUCCUUAAGCUCCAGAGAGGACGACAUGGAAGUCCAGAGACGAGAGCUGCAGGAAGUCCAGAGACGAGUGCAGGAACAGAGGGAGGCACUGCACUUGAGGCAGCAGGCAGAGAGAGAGAGCAGAGACGAGAGCUGCAGGAAGUCCAGAGACGAGAGCUGCAGGAAGUCCAGAGACGAGAGCUGCAGGAAGUCCAGAGACGAGAGCUGCAGGAAGUCCAGAGACGAGAGCUGCAGGAAGUCCAGAGACGAGAGCUGCAGGAAGUCCAGAGACGAGUGA